CCAGCAGCCCCCGAUCUCCCCCGCCCGCCGGGUUCCCCACCAAAGAGCGCACUGGAAACCGAGGGGCAGCAGCCACCAGUCCUCUCCCAGCCCGCCCGACGGAGCCUCGGUCUGCAUGGGGGUGACAGGUGCCAAUGUUUCCCUGCUGUGGCAAGAAGUCCGUGAACGUUGUGGAGACACAGUGUGACUUAAGCCAGUACCUGUCACAAGAUGAAGAAGAGAUGGAGCUGGAGACAGAAUUGCUAGCGCUGGCCCACACUUCCAAAUCAAGCCUGGACCUCGACUCAGAGCCGGAGAUGGAAAUGACACCCGGGCCUCAGCCUCAGCCCGGGCUGGACACGGAGUCCUUGGACACGGGGUCCUCGGUGGAGUGCUGCCCCGCGGAGCCUGAGCCGCAGGUCGACAGGAGGGAGUCGCUCCACCCCUCCAUGGAGGAGCUGGGGCAGCAGGCCUUCAGACCAUGCAGUGAGAAGUCAAAUUCCACCUACCUGAGCGCCACAGAGGUGGCCCGGAUGCCGGCCAACCACCAUUCCAUCCAUGUACAGACCUCCAAGCACCUCUUCUGGGCAGACAAGCUCAUCCAGGCUUCCCAGGAGAGCGUGGAAAGGGCCAUCAGCAUGCACUUUGACAAGAAAAGCCUAGAUAAGGCCUCCAGGUGCUCCCACCGGUCAUGGGUCCCCGAGGACACCGUGUCUUCCCAGAAGCAGCUCCAGGCCCCGAGCCCCCAGUCAGUGGUUCCAGCCACAAAGCCCCGGGAGCCACGAAGCCGCCCCCUAUCCCCUGAGCUGUCACCAGCCAUUGGCCUGACAGAGUUAGUCAACCUGGCAACUUCCCUGGCCAUGGCCUCCUCCAACAAGAAGCACUUGCCCAACAUGGAGCUCAGGAUGCAAGACCCAUCCAAGAAGGCCAAGAAGCCCGCUACAGAGCCCACGGGGGACGGCGCCGCCCAGCCCGCCGUAGACCAGAUGGCGGAAAAGCUCACUCAAGCGCUGCUAGAGAAACCGCUAGAAGACAUAAUGCAGCAGAAAGCAUGGAAGCAGGAGAACAAGAACUUCCUUUACCCUUACUUUGACUUCAACAAGCCAGGGGGCAUGAGGACCACCUUUGAGGGGAAAGUGAAGCUUGUGCAGUCACCAGCCAUGUUCCCUCCACCACAAGAAACCAAGCCAGACUCGUUGCCGAGAACCAAGAAAGAGAGUCCAUUAUUGCUGAAAAUCCACUUUAAGGUGUCAUCCCCCACCACCCCCCAAAGAAAUGACUAGAAAAAAACAGUAAAGCCUCCAGUGCUGGCCCCCGGCUCAGACUUUU